AUGUAUCUCAAGAUCUCGGUGACCCCGAUCAAUCGCGUAGCCAUCACUCGUGAGAGGCAGCAAUUCCUAGAAGCCUUCCAGCUACUCUGGCUGAUGGAUCCCUUCCUCAAAUUCAGCGAAGCAAUGGCAGUGGGGACCACGCUCUUUCACGAUGUUGCAGCCGCUUUCCAUGGUGACACAGCUAUGGAGUCUGCCAUGCUACCUCUAACCACUUCCUCCUCUACCUCCUCUCGUCAAUUCUCUCUCAUCGAACUCGAAUUGGGCAUGUGUGCUGCUCCUCAGGCAUCCCUUUGCCUCUCAGCCUGCAUCUCUAGGCUCCUUCACACCCCGCGGGAGCGGGAGACCGUCAACGGUGCCAUUGCUGCUCUUAACCAAAAGCAGGAACAACAGCGGAGCGAAGCGCUGAACACCAGAUUGACAUCAUCAGCGUCGGCGACGUUGGUAGAGGAGGAUGAAGCGGAGGGAUCAGGAGAAGCAGGUGAGGAGAGUACGCGACUGGCCAGUAGGCGGCUGCAGAACUCGCAUAUAAAUACUGUAAAGACGUUGGCAGUGCCGCCAUACGAGGUGUGGGAGCGGCGGCUGGCCGAACGACUCGCUCACUUGUAUCAGGACAUGCCUACGGAGAAGAGGAUGGAAGAUCCUGUUCGGUUGGAGCGGCGUUACGGUAUCUCGCAGGCCUUCUUCAACGUCUGCGGCCAGGACCAAAGCCCCUUAGAAGAGAAACGAUUCCACGAGCUGACCGCCCAACAGCAGGCUCAUAUCCUACUUGCCCUUGCUUCCAGUGUUAUGCUUUCCAAUGGCAACUUUGCUUCGGGUGAAAACCUCCGCUCCUCCGUGGACAAGACCCCCGACUGGGGGACCAUACGUCCCACUCGCAUUGGCUUCGAUGCCUUUCGAGGUCUCACCUUUUUCCACUUUCCUGAGGUACUGCUUUCGGAGACGCCGCGUAUUAUGCAGUACCGUUUUCCCCCUCCCGAUAUCAUUGAUGACGAUUAUUUCUCCUCAUCAUCUUUGUGCCGUCCACCCCCGCCACCUCCAACACUUGAUCCUCCCGUUUCGCUUCCUGGUGCGGUGGGCCGUCUGCCCACUUGGAUGGAACCAAAACUGGCUCAGUUUGUUCGUUCCCACCUCCUGACUCUGAUGGAACGGGAGGUGGAGGUGUUGGGUGCCCGUUGUAGCAAGCAACGAGAUAGCAGCAAUAACCGCAAAGCAAUGAAGAAGGAGAAAUCGAAGAUGCGCAGUCUGACGGUCAUCAUGGAGCCCUUCCAAAGCACCGGGAAGGAUUCGAAGAUGGUGAAAGGGAGGACAAAAGCUAAAGCAAAACGAAGGAAGAUGGUGGAACCGGCACAACCUAGUAUGGACGUGAAGUUGGCAGACUUUGCAUUUGUAAAUAAGAUCUGUUGUGGUGUAGUCCCGGCGUCGGCUGUGUAUGCUAGGCAGACUGGAGGCCAUUCCUCGAGGAGCUCUUUGCGAGUCGUGGAUAGUUCUGCGUCCUUGGCCGAAUCCACAACAACUUUCACAAAUACCUCAGAGGCUCCCACUCCGAAUCCCCCCAAGUUCUUCCAAGAAGACGGAGAGGAGGAUUCAAACUUGCCUGAAUCGCUCCAUCACUCUGAAGAGGAAGAAAGAAAAGGCGUGAAUCCUCAAUCCAACGGAGUGCUGAAGAAGGACGACCCUGACGUUGACUGCGAUGGCAGUAGUGCUAGCACCGGUAGUACGACACCCUUUCGGGAAGCUCUUAGUGAGGACGAAACGACUCCCACUGUCGAUAGAUUGAAAGAAGAGGGGGAAAGUGCGGCGGCAGCAGGGACGGUGAUCAAAGAUUCCGCGCUCCCGCGGUGCAAUGGUAUCAUCACUACGAAAGUAGAGAAGGACGUGAAGAAUGGUUCGAUCACCUCCACCAAUGAUAGAGGCGAAAUCAGUGAUUUCGGAAAGGUGAAGGAGGAGUCGAGUGGGGAGAAAAAGGCUAAAGAAGUUGGGGAGUUAAUCGCUAAAGCAGCCGAGAGCGAGGUUGAUACGAGUCACUGCUUCGACACCGUGGUCUACGAUCUGGAAUCUUUUUACGUCUUUCAACGUGACAUUGCCUCACGCCUCGCAACCGGACGGCGGUUGUUGAUCGAGCUCUCCACCGCCUGUGUAACUGUGGAGACCGCUACCGGCAAUGAUGAUUGCUCCACCCUCCGCGCUGUCGUCGAUCAAAUUGCUGCAGAGUUGGGAGACGCAGUGUUGAAGCGAAUCCAAGCCGAUCCGCAGCUGACGGCAGCGUUGCAGCAGCAGGUCGUGAAGGUGGAAGUGGAGAAACCGAAGAAGGAGGAGGAGGCGGUUGAGACUAAACCGUCGAAGAAUCCUCAAAAACGUCGGAAAUCGGAUUUUUCAACUCCACGACCACGGAAGUCCGCCCGCACGUCGAGGGCGGAGGCGACUGCGGUAGCAGGAGCGGCGGAGCAGGAGGUCGAAGCAGAGUCAAAACCCACCUCCGCCAUGCGACUCCUGCGUCUGCACGAGGAGGCGCUGGCUUCAUUGACCGAGUUAGCAGACUCCUUGAAUGCCCUGGAGGAGGAGGCAAAGGACAAUGAGGAGGAUCGCCUCGCUUCUGAACGUCUGGCGGGGCUGCUGCUGCGCAAGGACAUCGAGACUCGACAGCCCAAGCCAGUGGAGAAGCCAAAGCCAAAACCACGGGUGUCAAUAACAUCGCCGACACUACAGACUCAGACGCAAUCCCAACCACUAUCUCAACCAAAGACAUCGAUGCCCUCGGUAGAGAACCAUGUCGCAUCACCGCACCCCCUCCGUCCUCCUCAUCCAUCCACAAUCACUGUCCCCACGACUAGAAUUCGCCUUUCCCCACCGCCGUCACUGUCGCGCUUUCCUACUCAACCCUCUCCAAUCUUCAUACGGCGUGUGCCACCUCCACCGCCAACGCAGCCGUCGACACAUCGACCACGACGGAUAUUUCGGUUCUACGACACCCUCUUCACAGAGGAGGGGCGACCAGUACGACUUGAGGCAAAUGGAGCUGUGGUGUAUAUUCCACCGGAGAGUGUCCCCCUGGGUCAUCGACAGAUGGCGAUGCAGAUGAUUGAACGCUUCCGUGCCUCCUCCGCCGCUGCCGCUACCGCCACGCCCCCUUUCUGA